AUGGCUCAAGAAACCGCAGACGAGUUAUCACAGAAGGUUCAAGGGAGCCUCGAAGACACUCCAUACGCAUGUACCUCCCUCGUGAAACUCUCAGGCGGUACGGCGAAUUUUGUAUACCGCGGAAUCCUCGUGACGCCUUUGGAAGAUGGCUCCAGAACAAUUGUCAUCAAGCAUACCGAGCCAUAUGUGGCAUCAAACUUCAGUUUCAAGUUGACAGCCACUCGUUGCGAAUUCGAGGAGACCAUCCUCGCAGCACUCCAUGACCUCCCACCGGUCUUGAGAGAAGGCGUCACAGUUCAAACUCCCCACCUAUACCAUUUCUUCCCCGAAACCGACACACAGAUCUACUCCGACCUCCCGUCUUCCCUGGAUCUGAAAACCUAUGUCCUCAAACACCCACUCACACAAGCUCAAUGCAUGCAUUUUGGUAACGCCAUUGGUCUCUGGGCUAGACAAUUCCACGCAUGGGCUAAUACCCCGGAACAAGAGAAGUUGAGAGAGAGUAUGAAGGGCAAUACUGCGAUGUUAGAACUCAAGUAUCGCUUGAAUUAUGGGAUGAAUUUGAUUGGUACCAUUGACAACUUUCCAGAACUGCUUGAGGGAAGCCGGAAGACUUUUGAGGCGCUGGGAAAGAGGGUUAGGGGUGAGUUGGACUCGGAGGAGGGAAGCUUAAUCCAUGGGGAUUUCUGGAGUGGAAAUGUCUUACUCCCAGACAUCCUCCUCACCGAUGAAGAAACGCCAAUUAAAUUGUUCGUCAUCGACUGGGAACUCAGCCAUAUCUCUUCUCUUGCAUUCGAUCUCGGCCAAAUGUUCGCCGAGCUCUUCGAGCUGAAGCAUUUCAAGGAUAUCGAUGCUGGAGUAUGGCUCAUCGAAGCGUUCAUGCAAGGCUACGGAAAUAUUGGUGAUGAUUUUGCGUUCAGAACUGCAAUUCAUGUUGGUGUGCAUUUGAUUUGCUGGGGGUCGAGAGUCCAGGGGUGGGGAACGAAGGAGCAGGUUGAGAAGGUGGUGGAAGUUGGGAGAGAUUUUGUGGUUAAGGGAUGGGAGAAGGAUAGGGCGUUCUUUGAGAGCACUGCUCUGAAAUGUGUUUUCCACUAA